AUGGCUCAGGCGUCACCGGGCCUGGCACUCACCCUGUGCUCUGGAGAGCUGUGGAACCUGCCAGGGCCUGAGACAGCCUGCCUGGGAGGGGUCUGCCUGGGUCAGAGGUUCCAGGGUGGGGGCGACCACCCCCACUACCACGUCACUGCCUUCUCUAAACUGCCUCAUUGUUCUUUGUCUGCACAGGGAAUGUUCGUCAGCAACAUGAAUCUCAAACUCAGGGAGCUCCUUCGAGUGCAGGUCGAGGUGGCUCCCGAUGCUAAAGGCUUCAGGUUGAACCUGGGCAAAGAUGUCGACAACCUGUGCCUGCACUUCAACCCUCGCUUCCAGCAGCACGGGGACGUCAACACCAUUGUGUGCAACUCGAAGAAAGCAGGGGUGUGGGACCGGGAACAUCGGGAGUCUGCCUUCCCCUUCCAGCUUGGAAGUGUGGUAGAGGUGUGCAUCGCCUUCGACAAGGCAGAGAUGACCAUCAAGCUGCCAGAUGGACACACAUUCAAGUUCCCCAACCGCCUCAACAUGGAGACCAUCGAUUACAUGGCAAUAGAUGGUGACAUCAAGAUCAAGUCUGUGUCCUUUGAAUGA